AUUUUAUAAUAGCUUGUGUAUGGGCCGUCAUUCUACCCCGUAGAUGGUGAAAAAUGGUCGAAAAUGUGUGACUAGUUUGUGUUUUCUCGCAAUACGGCUUGGCGUCGUCGUGAUGGCAUUAUUUUAUGCAGAAUUUUUCUAUAUUAGGCGUGUACGGUGAUACAAACCAUAAUGGCGGUAAAUCGUAGCGUCCCUAGCGACGAGCGACUGAUUGCCAACGCAUCAAUUGACAAAAUGACUGAAGAAAGCGUACCGGUAAAAAAGGGACGUGGACGCCCCAAAAAGUCGCUAACACCCGCUAAACCGACCAGCGAGGAAAAGGAAACGGUGGAGCUUCCACCAGAGUCGGUAGAUGAUACAACCGAAAGCGAGGAGGAUGCACCACAGACUCCACCGCCUGCUAAAAAAAAGCGUGCAGCCGCCGAAUCCCAGGCAGAGAAUGGCAAAAAUGAACCACCACCGAAACGAGGCCGUGGUCGACCACGUAAGGCAAACAAGGGCAAACAACCGGUAAAUGGUGCCCCCCGUGGUCGGGGACGUCCGCGGAAGAAUCCUCUCAGGAAACCAAUCGCAAUGUCUGAUGCAGAGGUCGUUGAACCGAAGAAGGGUCGUGGACGCCCACCAAAUCCGGACAAGAACAGUGUCGCACCGAAAAAGCGAGCCCGCGCACUCUCACCGAAGGAGUCAAAGGUGAUGGCGGAGGAACGCGAAAAGGAGAAAACGAUUGUGUCGGAUGAUGGUGAGGAACCGUCGCCGAAGCGUGGCCGCGGCAGACCGAAGGGCAGCACCAAGAAGUCGGCCAAAUCGGCCAAGAAACCACCGGUAGCACCGGUCGGCAGAGGUCGAGGACGUGGCCGAAAGAAACCAGCGAAGGAGGAAUCCUCCGAGGAGGAAGAAGUCGAGGACGAUGACGAGGAUGACGAGCCGGAGGAUAGCGAAGGCAAUGAGGAAAAUUAUGAGGAAUCCGAUUCGUAAAUGCGUAACAAUCCGAACAAGCAUUCCACUGCCGUACAUUUGUUUUCCGUUUUUCACACCAUUACCGUACACUAUUCGCGUGCGAGAGAUGGGGUUCGUUCUCACAAACAAAUAUUGCUCGACCAAAUGAGUUGCUGCGAGUAUAUUAGGAGAAAACUAAAUUAAAUGUAUCGAUCCUUUCCUAAUCAAUCACAACAACGGUGUGUUCGAACAUACAGUGGAUGAACAAUAUUACAUCAUUUUACGAAUCGCAUUCAAAUGCACUAUAAUAAAUCGAACAACAACACCUGCCUGUUUUAUCGAAGGGAAAAA